GGGCCCCUCCUACUUUCCGGAGAUGCUCCAGCCCAUCCCUAAAUUGUGGGCCAAUGAGGGUGGCUCAUUCACAACAUAUGCGAUCCUUCUACAAUAGGUAAGGAGAGGGAGACAGAGAGAGAGCAAGAGAUAUAUAUAUAUACAAGGAGUGAGAGAGAGGGAGAAAGAGUGACUGUGUUUGGGGGGGAAAGAUGAUGAGGAAAGAGAGGGCAGAGUAACAAGGAAAAGAGGCAACAAAGUUAACCCCUGGGGAUGAAGUGCUGACAGAGGAAUAGAGAGAUGAGGAGAUAGGACUUGUGACAGGGACAGACAACCUGCACAGGAGAAAAAGGCAGUAGGAGGCUUUUGAACAGUGACAGGAUCCAGGAUUUGGAAACACAAAGAAACAUUGGAACCUCCUCACUUGAUCAAAGCUGCUUCUUUGAAUAUCAGAAUCCAAAGAGAGUGUGACAAGACAGAAAUCUCUACAGGUGUAGUUGCAGACAGGUGGACAUUCAGGCAUGUUGCCUGUGCUUCUGUUUCUCUAUGUGGCUGGAGGAGUUUGGGGGUCUGUCCCCAGAGUGUGGGGGUACGGACGGAUCCAGGACGGACAGGGACCGGCAGCCCCGCUGUGCCCAUCUCCGUGCCAGUGUGAAGAAGAUGGGAUCUUCAUCAUGGUGGACUGCUCCGAGUUGGGACUAUCGUCUGUGCCGACCAACCUCAGCCCUCUCACCACUUACCUGGAUCUGAGCAUGAACAACAUCAGUGAGAUCAAGCCCAGAGCCUUCCACCGACUGCAGCUGUUAUCAGAACUGCGUAUCUCAGGGAAUCAGCUGAGGUAUAUCUCUGGCCACGCUCUCCAGGGUCUCCACAACCUCAAAGUUCUGAUGCUACAAAACAACCAACUACAGAGACUUCCGGAUGAUGCCCCAUGGGACCUACCCAACCUACUGUCCCUGCGUCUUGAUGCUAACCUGUUGUCUGAGGUUCCGGCUGGGGCCUUUAGAGGGGUUCGCUCCCUGAGACACCUGUGGUUGGAUGACAACUCCCUAACAGAGAUCCCAGUGACGGCGCUGGACUCUCUGCCCUCCCUGCAGGCCAUGACUCUGGCCCUCAACCAGAUCACACACAUCCCAGAUUAUGCAUUCACCAACCUCUCCGCCCUUGUCGUAUUGCACCUCCAUAACAACCAAAUCAAGAGCAUGGGUGCGAAAUGUUUUGAAGGCUUACACAGUCUGGAGACACUGGAUUUAAACUACAAUGAUUUGCAGGAGUUCCCUGUGGCCAUCAGGACACUGAAUAAGCUUCAGGAACUGGGCUUCCAUAACAACAAUAUCAAAGCCAUCCCUGAGAGGGCCUUCGUGGGAAACCCUCAGCUCCAAACUCUUCAUUUCUAUGAAAACCCCAUCCAGUUUGUGGGAAAAUCCGCUUUCCAGUUCUUACCUAAGUUGCACACGCUUUCCCUUAACGGGGCAACACAGAUUCAAGAGUUUCCCGAUCUAAAAGGAACCACCAGCCUGGAAAUUUUGACGCUGACUCGGACUGGUCUCUCAGCCCUCCCUCUGGAUCUAUGUGAGCAGCUGCCUCGCCUCAGAGUGCUGGAGCUGUCCUACAACCAGAUUGAGGCUCUGCCCAGCUUUUACCGCUGCUCUGCACUGCAAGAGAUAGGGCUACAACAUAACCAAAUCAGAAGGAUAGAGUCAAGCACCUUCCAGCAGCUCACCUCUCUAAGAGCACUGGAUCUGAGCUGGAAUAUGAUUGAGUGGAUCCACUUGGAUGCCUUUGCCUCGCUUCACUCUUUGAUCAAACUGGAUCUGAGUGAGAACCAUCUCAGCUCCCUACCUUUUGUUGGUUUGGGGGGUCUAACUCAUCUCAAGCUGAGGGGAAACAAAGAAUUGUAUGAGGCCUUCAGUCCUGAUUACUUCCCCCGUAUGAGGGUAAUAGAGAUGCCUUAUGCCUACCAGUGCUGUGUGUAUGGUUCCUGUGAUAGCUACAAGCAGGAAGGCCAGUGGGACACAGAGCAGAGCAACACUGACGAGGACCUACACAGGAGGACUUUAGCCAUGUACCCUAGCCAUGCUGACACACACUAUGACCCUGACCUGGAGGAGUUCCAACUGGAAAUAGAGGAAUCCAAACUACAGACCAGUGUCCAAUGCACACCCACUCCAGGUCCUUUCCGUCCAUGUGACUCGCUGUUGGGCAGCUGGCUGGUUCGUUUGGGCUUGUGGUCCAUCUCCUUGGUGUCUCUUCUGGGGAACUCCCUCCUGCUCCUCUCCCUCUUCGGCUCACCCGGCUACCUGUCACCUCUCCGUUUCACCGUGGCCUGCAUGGGUGCUUCCAACCUGCUGACGGGUGUGUGUACAUGCACACUAUCCCUUGUGGAUGCUCUAACUCUGGGAGAGUUUGGUCACCACGGUGCCCGCUGGGAAGGGGGUCCUGGUUGUCAAGCGACGGGAUGGGUCUGGGUGUUUGCAUCUGAGGCAAGUGUGUUGCUGCUGACACUGGCAGCUGUUCAGUGUGGCGUGAGUGUGACAUGUGCCCGUGCCUAUGGGAAGUCCCCAUCCUUUGGGAGUGUGCGCACAUGUGCACUUUUCUGCCUCACUCUCUCCCUCACUCUUGCUUCUCUCCCAUUGGUAGGAGUUGGGGAGUACAGGUCCUCACCUUUCUGCCUUCCCUCACCUCUGCCACCCCCAUCCUCUCGACUACCAUCCACUCUGGGCUUUCCCUUGGCGCUCAUUAUGAUGAACACCCUGUGCUUGCUUAUAGUCACAGGAUCAUACAUCCGCCUAUACUGGGAGUUACUUAGGGGAGAGUGUGAGGGCCUGUGGGACUGCGCUAUGAUCAAACACGUUGCCUGGCUAAUAUUCACAAAUGGCCUCCUCUAUGUACCUGUAGCUUUUCUCUCCCUCUGCUCCCUCCUGGGUCUCCUCUCUCUGGGCGAGGAGGUGUUAAAAUCAGUUCUCCUGCUUCUCCAGCCCCUGCCUGCCUGCCUCAACCCCCUCCUCUUCCUCCUCUUCACACGAGACCACUCACAGUUUUUCUUCUGGCCUCACCCCAAAGCGCGACCUCAGCUACGCCGAGAUCGCACCCUGGACUCGCUGGUUUCUGUGGAAACAGAAAAGAGCUCCUGCUCCGAUUCGUCGACACAGGUAUCACUCGCGGAUGCGGAUGCCCUUUACAGUGGGGGGUCCUCUCUCCAACCCCGACUGGACACAAUCAGAUUUUCCCACUGCUCCUCUACUUCCUCUGUUCCUCUCAUCCCUUGCCAGAUACCCACUCCCACAGCCAAAGAUAGAGACAGAGUGACUGGAGGAGGGAGCCUGAAUGACGAUGAAUGUCUGAAGGGUUUGGAUCAAGAUGUGAUUUAUAACACUUGUCCUCUGUAUCACUCUACCAUGACUCCCUCUCUGAACUCUCCUCCAUGAGUCACCAAGCUAGCUGUGUGAAUAGCUGGGACACUAUGGACACUUAAAGGACCACCAUCGAACAGCAGCAGCAAGAUCAGCUCUGGGUUUCAAUCCUCAAGCAUCUCAGAAUGAGUCCACACAGACUAUAGAGUACUCAAGGGAAGUCUAUGAGAACACAACAAGGUGCCUCUGAAAAUUAAGAGUGAAACUAAAAGUUCCAUUCACAGUUAAGACUAUUAAAGGAACACCACAAUACAUGUCCGUUAAAAUAAAGGACAAAUUCAGACACUACCCAGUGGACUGCUUCAGUCAUGGACGUGCAUGACAAAAAAAAAAAAGCUCCAAUAAAAGCUGUUAACUAGAUGAAAAAUCUAAGCAUCAGACAAAUCAAUGGUUUAACCAGGGGAAAUUUAUUUAGAACCAGUAGAACUUUAAGUGUAAAUGUUUAUACUGAAAUGUGAUCAUGAGACAUGCAGCUUAGAGGUUACAGAUUGUUUGGUUAUAUUCUAAGUGGAGUUAUCUUAUUUGUUUUUGUAAUGUUUUUUUAAUGUAAGUUCAACCCUAUUGCAAAAGGUCAGUUUCAAAGAAAAGGAGUCAUUAUCAGACACACCGGGACUUUUUUUGUUUACCAGAGUAAGCUAAAAUCUUUAAUUCCCAGAAAUGUUAUUCAGAUAUUUUUCUUUGCAAUUGUGGAAAAUCUGUUAUGAGAAUGUUUAUCUAGCAAAAAAAUGCAACAGGUAACCGAUCACACAGUUUCAAACAGUUUACAUGAUUUUGUCUCAAAUGUGCAAAUUAGCCCAACCAUCAGCAAGCAGUUAUACAGACUUAAUGGGAUCUAGCUAUCUUUCUACAGACAUUACAGUAGGCUAGCGAUAUGUACAAUGUAACUACCUCUGAACUAGCAUGGUAUUGACUCACUACAGCCUUAUGAUGUCUGUCUCUCCUUUUAUAUGAUAAACAGCAAAUAUAUAAUUUUAUAUAAAAAAAUAAAUCCUUAGUAAAAUAAACUUGCUAUUUAGGAUGUACAUACUUUGUAUACAACUGGUAAGCAUAUGUUUGAAUAAAAUGAUUAUCUUCAUACUGUAUAAACCA